AUGCGAGCGCUCCAGGAAAUUCGUCGUCUACAGCGAACAGUGGAUCUGCUGAUACCUCGUGCACCAUUUCAACGUUUGGUGCGGGAAAUUGCAAUGGAUGUAGCGGAGAAACACCUGGAUAUUCGUUUCCAGUUCGCCGCAAUAACAGCCCUUCAGGAAGCGGCAGAAGUUUACCUUACAUGCCUAUUUGAGGACACCAAUCUGGCGGCGAUUCACGGCAAACGUGUGACUAUUUUCCCGAAAGAUAUCCAGUUCGUGCGCCGUCUUCGAGGAGAAAUCGCCCGUUACGGCCGUUAA